AAGUGACGUAGGGCCCUAGCGCCCGGGCCAUGGCGGCGGCGGCGGCGGCGGCGGCGGGAGCUGCUGUUUGAGCAGCGGCUGCGGAUCAAGCGAACUCGGCCGGGGAGCCCGGGCCCCGUGAAAGGCGCUGUGGCAGCGGGAGCGCGGACGGCUGGAACCCGCCUACUCCUUCUCCUCCUCCGCGGUGGAGCCCUGGUGGGGGUCUGUGCCCGGUCACCAUGACGACGCCGGCGAAUGCCCAGAAUGCCAGCAAAACGUGGGAACUGAGUCUGUAUGAGCUCCACCGGACCCCGCAGGAAGCCAUCAUGGAUGGCACAGAGAUUGCAGUUUCCCCCCGGUCACUGCAUUCAGAACUCAUGUGCCCCAUCUGCCUGGACAUGCUGAAGAAUACGAUGACAACCAAGGAGUGCCUCCACCGAUUCUGCUCUGACUGCAUUGUCACGGCCCUGCGGAGCGGGAACAAGGAGUGCCCUACCUGCCGAAAGAAGCUUGUAUCCAAGCGGUCUCUGCGGCCAGACCCCAACUUUGAUGCCCUGAUCUCUAAGAUCUAUCCCAGCCGAGAGGAAUAUGAGGCCCACCAAGACCGGGUGCUCAUCCGCCUCAGCCGCUUGCAUAACCAGCAGGCUCUGAGCUCCAGCAUUGAGGAGGGGCUACGCAUGCAGGCCAUGCACAGGGCCCAGCGUGUGAGACGGCCGAUGCCUGGGUCAGAUCAGACCACAACGAUGAGUGGAGGGGAAGGAGAGCCUGGGGAGGGAGAAGGGGAUGGAGAGGACGUGAGCUCAGACUCUGCCCCUGACUCCGCCCCAGGCCCGGCUCCCAAGCGACCCCGUGGAGGGGGUGCAGGGGGGAGCAGUGUAGGGACAGGGGGAGGAGGAACUGGUGGGGUGGGUGGGGGCGCUGGUUCUGAAGACUCUGGUGACCGGGGAGGGACACUGGGAGGGGGAACCCUGGGCCCCCCAAGCCCUCCCGGGGCCCCCAGUCCCCCGGAGCCAGGUGGAGAAAUUGAGCUCGUGUUCCGGCCCCACCCUCUGCUUGUGGAGAAAGGAGAAUACUGCCAGACUAGGUAUGUGAAGACAACUGGGAAUGCCACAGUGGACCAUCUCUCAAAGUACCUGGCCCUGCGCAUUGCCCUGGAACGGAGGCAGCAGCAAGAGGCUGGGGAGCCAGGAGGGCCUGGAGGGGGCGCCUGUGAUGCUGGAGGACCUGAUGGGGGUGGUGGGGAGGGUGGGGGUGCCGGAGGAGGUGACGGCCCUGAGGAGCCUGCCUUGCCCAGUCUGGAGGGGGUCAGCGAAAAGCAGUACACCAUCUACAUCGCCCCUGGGGGCGGAGCUUUCACGACAUUGAAUGGCUCACUGACCCUGGAGCUGGUGAAUGAGAAGUUCUGGAAGGUGUCCCGACCACUGGAGCUCUGCUAUGCCCCCACCAAGGAUCCAAAGUGACCCCACAAGGGGACAGCCAGAGGAUGGGGACUAUGGGGUGUCCCUGUGUCCUGGCCCAUGACCCCAGCUUUUUUGUCCCCCAGUGCCCCCCCAGCCCAGCCAGCCAGCAAGAGGACACAAAUGAGGACAAGUGGCUUUUAUACAAAGUAUCUAUAUCAGAUUCUUCUAUAUUGUACAGAGUGGGGUGUGCGCCCCCAUCUACUGCCUUUUCUAUUGCCCCCAACCUCCCAUCUAUACCAGAUGUUGGGGAGGGUGAAGUGAAGAACCCUCCUUUUCAUGUCCUCCGACCAACAACAACAAAUUUGCUUUUUUUCCUCUUUGAAA